AUGUCAGGAAUUUGUCGCACAAGAUUAGCAGAAGAGCGAAAACAGUGGCGAAAGGAUCAUCCAUUCGGCUUUUACGCUAGACCCGAGAAAGGAAGUGAUGGAACGUUAGAUUUGAUGACCUGGGAAGCAGGUAUUCCAGGCAAAAAAGAUACAAAGUGGGCCGGUGGUUUGUACAAGAUACGAAUGUCAUUUCCCGAAGACUACCCUAGCAAACCGCCAAAGUGCAAAUUUGCUCCACCUUUGUUUCAUCCAAACGUUUUUCCUUCUGGAACGAUUUGUCUUUCGAUCUUGGAUGAAGAUAAAGGUUGGAAACCAGCAAUCACCAUCAAACAGAUCUUGUUGGGCGUUCAAGAUUUGUUGGAUUCUCCUAAUGCUGAAGAUCCUGCUCAGCAGGAAGCAUUCGAGCUUUUCCGCAAGGACAAAGUGCAGUAUGAGAGGCGUGUUCGUCAGCAGGCUAAAGAGAUGGCCGGCUCUGUGUAA